UAGCGAGCAGGCCCACGACCGCCGACAACUUGACGUGAAUAGGUCGUGAUUGGUGAAUGGUGAUUAGUUGCGCGGGCCAUAAAAAUAUUGUGUUGCAGAUUCUCCUUUGCGCGGGCUUAACCUGACGUGGUCAUACUGUCUAUUGGCGCGCUGUAGUGUAGGCACACUUGCGCCAGCGAAUCUGCGAAAUCCAAUCGAGCCGAUGACCGCGCGCGCGAACUCAACUGAUCGCAGUGCAUCGUAGCUCGCCGUUCGACUGUGUUGUCCCGGAUGUCAAUUAACCAUAUAUUGUGAUAACGUUUCAAGUGAAGUGUUUUCGGUUUGCUUACACUUGUACCAUAUUUUCAAUUCGUUUAUUUUUUCUCCACUUAUAUUUUUAUUUAGGUGUAAUCGAAAUUAAGGACUUAAGGUGCACGCAAAUGGUAUCGUCUCUUCUCCGUUAUGAAGGAACACCGAACCAAAGGACUUAGGGUCACAACUACUGAAAGCAUAAUUAGUGACAAAAAUGACACUAUGACCGAGGGUGCAGAAGGUUGCAGCGAUGACCCGCUGGUUUCAUUGCAGUUAGACGUCGCUUCCGGUGGCCCAUCGUCAGAAAGCCAACAACCAGAGAGCCAAGCAGAAGUGUCUACGUUGUGUAUAUCAUCGGCAGACAAUGAUAUUGACAAAAUAAUUGCCGGUGAAUGGCAUGGAGGAGAAUGCAAAAGUUGCUGCAGCAGGUGUGCGUUCAGAGAAUGGAGGCUGGUCGGUGAUAAGUUGCAAUUAUUUUGUUUCAAAGACUAUGAUGCGUUGAUAGCAACUCGACCAGCGAUAGCGAACAUACAGUUUUGCUUUCGGUUCAAGUCCAGCCCAAAAUGUCUGAAGCAUCCGAACGUGCCAAACGCCAAUUGUUUCAUAUUUUUCGAUAUAGUCUCGGGAGAUAUCCAUAAAAAUUGGAUGCAAGUGGUACGUCGGUUGAAAGAGACAUCGGCCAACGCAACGGUCGCACAGUUACGCCGGUGGUCGCGAGCUGUGGACGAGAACGGCAACACCGCGUUAAUAUUGGGCGCCAAGCGGCUAAUGAACUGCGGAUUAUUUAAACGUGCGUACCAGUUCGCAGUCAUGAUGCUGAAAUUUGGUAGUGACGUAAACUGGUUGAAUAACGGCGGUCGAUCAUUGAUCACGUAUACUGUCCACUACAUGGAUCAGGCGAUAGACAUCACUAGACUCUUGUUAAACUGUGGAGCGACCGUCUGGUUAGAAGAUUGCAAUUCGGAAGCUAGACUUCACUAUGUGAAACUUCUGAAGGAAUACCGUACAAAAACAGAGACGGAUCUUCAAAGAUGUCUCACCGAUGACCCAAUUGAAAGCCCGCUAGACAGCAUAUUCACUUGGUUCCUACGAUCCGUCAUGAUCAGAAGGCGCAUGGAUGACAGUUGUCUGCGCACAUUGUCACUACUCUCACAGUCAAUGGGCGAGGACCCGACCAGAAUGCACUCGCAUGUCAUGCGUACCAUGUUUAGUCACGCUCAGUGUUACAAUAUAUUCGGACCGGUGUUCUUCCAGAUCAAAAAGGCCCUAGCACCCCAAUGGGUGCAACCACACUCGCUGCAGCAGCUGUGUCGCAAGUCUAUACGCCGGUCGCUUUUCCGUGGCCGCCACGGUAACGCACACCCUGAUACGGUGGCUGAGCUAAAGCUGCCCAAGCCCUUGGAGUCUUACGUCUCCUACCAUGACUGAAUCACUGCCCAUCAUCAUUUUCCAGCGACCUUCAUCCCCCGUCGUCAGGGGUUAUCUACAGGUCUUCCACGUUGCAUAAUAUAAAAACAAUCAUAUCCCCGUCCCGAUUUUCAUUAAAAAUAUAAUCAAAUAUAUACUGAGUUUAUGAAA